AUGGAUACCAAAAUUACUCCUAUUGAUACCUUAAGAAAUAUAACUCUUACCGAACUCAAAGACAAUUCUAAUUUUAAAGCAGGCAAGAUUUGGGAAAAUGCCCCUGCAUUGAUUUUAGUUGUUCGUCGACCUGGUUGUCAAUUAUGUCGGGAAGAAUCUGUGAGAAUUUCUUCUCUGCGUGAAUUAAUAUCGGGAAAAAUGGGUCUAAAUAUGGUAGCUAUUGUACACGAGAAUUUGAAUAAUGAAGUUGAAGAUUUUAAUCAAGGAUUUUGGAAAGGCACUGUUUAUUUCGAUAAAGAAAAGGCAUUUUUCAGUGCAAUUGGAGGUGGUAAAAUACAAUAUGCGGGUCUUACGAAUAUACUUAAGCCAACUGUAUGGUACAACAUCUGGAGUAAUUAUAAAACUGGUGUCACUGGCAACCUUAAAGGAGAUGGAACUGUUUUAGGAGGAACGUAUAUUAUCAAAUCGGGUACAGAAGGAGGAAAAGUAAUUUAUCAAUAUCGAGAAAAAGUAUGGGGAGACCAUGCACCUCUCGAGGAAGUGUUGAAAGCUUGUGAGCAAGUUUCCCCCAAAAAUGGUGAAGCUUCAAUUCAAUCUGACAUAAAAGCAGCUUUGGAAAAGGUUAAAUCCGAAUCUUUACUUUUAAAGGAAGAUGACGCUACUUCGAAGACUUGUAAUUCUCAAGAAUCUUGUGGUUGA